AUGAAUGAGAGUGCAAUGUGGCCCCCAACAGACUACAUAGCACCAUUACCACCAUUGAAAAGGAAGAUGUCAGGGAAACCUACUGUUAAGAGGAGGACUUGUAGUACAGAGGAAGGGCACAACAAGUCAACUUGUACUGCAGUGGCAAGGCCCCCAAAAUGUCAAGUUAAAAAGAAGAAGGCUGAAAAUGGAGGUGGAAGUGGUUUGAAUAAGGGAAAGGAUCAAGAUGAAGGGGUAAGUGGUGUGGAAAAGGGUCAAGUUGAAGGUGAAAGUGCAAGUGGUCAGAAAAAGAAGAGGGUCAAGCUGAAGGUGAAGGUGGAAGUGGUCUGA